UUACUGCUCAGGUUUUUUCGUGUAUUUCCAGCUUGACUGGAAACGUCGAGAGGCGAGGGAGAAACGCUCCACGCACGGCCCUGGGGACUCGGCGCGGCGCGCAUGCGCGAGGAACGCUGCCUGUUUGGCAACAACGCGGCUCUCUCUCUCCACGGCGCUCAGUUCUGAGAUCACGAGACGGUAGGGACCACGUUCGUGUCGCGUGGCCACGAGACGCGUCCGUCGUACGAUCGAACGAGGUGGCGAGGCGCUUUCCACUCGGGUUUCCCCAGCGACGACGGCAGGAAGGAAGAUCGGCCCGAGGUUUCGCGGGUGUUUUUUCUGACGCGGUGAAAGGCGCGGGACAAAGUAGAACGCGGGUUAGAAAGUCGGACGAGUCGCGGGAGCGAGCGCCACCCGAGACAGCGAGAGCGAGAGAGAGACGGACGAGGUGGGUGGGGGAAGCAGCGACCAAAGUGCGGGGGCCCAGCUGUUCUCCGUGGUAGGAAAGGAGGAGUGGGGGGAGGCUCACGCCGAAUAUACGCGUCGACGGUAGCGAGCGAGCGAGAGAGAACGUCGGCGACUCGAGUGGUGUGUGCGGAAGCCGCGGCAACGUGCGCGCCGAGAAUCGAGGAUACGGCGAAGGUCACGCGAGAAAGUUGGAGGUCGCGCGCGCUUUUGGCGAUCGAGAGGGCCCGGGCGCGGAGAGCAGCGCGAGCGAAUCGUCGCGCGUCGACUCGAGGAUAUAGCGGCGUUUCUCCAGUCGCCACCCGUUAGAAUCCCGCGGCGCUCGCGGUACCGUCGUCGCCGCGAUUCGGGGCAACCGAGAGAGCGGUACUGUUUUCUUCGCGAGAGAACGGAGCGACGCGAGAGGAAAGACCCGGCUCGGAGAGAGAGAGAGAGAGAGAUAGAGAAAGGGAGAGAAAUGUGGCGUCCCACGAGCAGAAGCACCCAGAUGGAGGAACGUGUUACAGAGGUCGACAAGAAGCAGCGGCGGUGGAAGUGCGACAACGACAACAACGACGGCGGCGGCGGCAAGUACGACGAGGACGAGACGGGCAACGUCGACUCCGGAUUCCUGUCGGGCGGCAAUCUGCAGUUCAGCGGCGAGAUCAGCGGCGACUCGGGACUGCUGCAUUCGUCCGGGGUGGAACGGUGGGGGGCGGGGAAGGGGGAGCGGGAGAAGCGGGCCAGCGGGCUGGCGCCCGAGGCGACGGCGACAUCGACAUCGUCAUCGGCGGCCUCGACGGUGGUGGCGGAGGAGUUCGCCGAUGAGGAGCCAAUGAGGGCGAUCGACAGCGGCGUGGACCUCGACCUCACCGAGACCCUGAGCCAGCUCAGUCUCAAGCAGGUCAGCCUGAACCGGCUCGCCGCCAAGGGCGGCAAACUCAUCUGCGCGGAGCCGACGACCCCGUCCCCCGAGCUGCUGCUGCCCGUCAGUCUCGCGCGGACCGACGAGGACGAUGCGACGUUCGAGCAGCGGGCGAGCGACGAGGAGCCGUGGCAGCUGUACUACGCGCAGGACGACGACGGUGACACGCAACUGCACCUGGCGAUCGUGCAGGGCUUCACGGAGGCCGCGCUCUCUUUGAUAAGGAUGGCCCCUGACCCGUGCCUCCUGAACACCAUGAACGACGACUGGCAAUCGCCCCUGCACCUGGCAGUGUUGACUCACCAGCCCCUCAUCGUCAGGCAACUGAUCCUGGCCGGCGCGGAUCCAGCCCUGAGGAACUUCCGCGGGAACACGGCCCUCCACCUGGCCUGCAUGAACGGAGAUCUCGCUUGCGCGAAGGCCCUCGCCGACCCGUUAUCCACGGCGGAGAGGAACCAGCUGAUGCCGGGACGGACGGUGCCAGCCUUACCUCAGAAUCUGGAGCAACGUAAUUACAGCGGCGAAAUGUGCUUGCACGUGGCAGCCGCCAGUGGAUACGUGGACCUGGUGCGACUCCUACUGCGCUCAGGCGCCGAUCUCAAGGCGAAGGAGGGUCUGGCGGGAUACACGGCGCUUCAUCUCGCGGUGGAACGACAGUAUCGGUCGUUGUUUGAUUUCCUGGUGCCGGAAUGCCAACGCGCGUCGUGUCUGAACGAGCAAACGUACAGCGGGACAACGGCCUAUCAGUUGACCCUGAACAUCAGGAGCGAGUUCGCUAGGAGGGCACGCAGGGAGCUGAAACGGCGCGGGGCGCAUCCAGAGCCGCUGCCCGAACCGGAUUCCGAGAGCAGCGAGGACGAGGAGACGACGAGGACGUCGUGGGCGGCGGAUUACUUGCCCGCCAUCGUCAACACGCAAAGCGCGGUUGGGGUGACUGUCUAAACUAGCCAUCGAUAUCUAAUUUAUCGAUCAAUUUGGGCGCUAAUAAUUUUCGAAUGAGAAGAUGAAAAGAUACUGCGCGUACAUACUGCACACACAAUGGAGUGCGUAAAACAUAUCUGAAAUCACGUCUGUGAUGUCAUUUUAGUUUAUCAGUCGAAUUGAUACAAUCGUAGAAUUGUGUGCAAUAAAAUUUCCCAGAGGAAAUGAUCAAAACUGUCUCGUAUUUUGUACUCUCUAUAAGCUAAAUAAUGUUUGAUAAGCGUAUCUCUUGAGUUUUAACACGUUUGCGAAAUUAUUUCACUUAAUGAGACAAAUUUAAACGAACAGUUAUUACUCGCAACAAUUAGGUAUAUCAAAUUAAACAAAGCAUUUCGCAGAAAUUAAUUUGCGGCUAGAAUUUUAUGGCGCGCUGGACGACGUUGUGUUAAUAUAGUAAAUUUAUCGAGACAAAUAAUUAGAGAGUAAAAUUGUUCAAAUUUAUAAGGAAACUGCGUCUGACGAUAACGAUACUUGGCUGUAAACAUCGCACGAGUAAAAAAGUCAGCGUAGCUUCGAAGCGCCUAUGACGUCAUCUUAAUCUGCUGGGUGGAUUAAGAUCUAUAGUAAAAAAAUUAAAGAAUUACCAGUUAAGUAGAUAAGGAGUAGAAUUUCUCGAGAUUAGCUUCAAUGUGUAUUAAAUGUAAUGCGCGAUCAUAGAGAUAUGUCUCUUGAGAGCCGCCGAGUAUUACUAUCGUAAUACAAUUAUAGACUGUAUACGCUUUUCGAGUCGAAUUCUUACCGGCAGCAAUGUGAGGGACGAACGACGAACGAGUAAACGGGGACGCGUGGAGAAUCGAAGAUCUCAGAAACGAACUUAUACGCGAUUAACGAAACAUUCAACUACGAACGAAGCGACGACACGUAGACGCGGCUUGUCUUAGCGGGUCGUUCGUCUUUCCCCUAGCAAUCUAUCGCAGCGGACAGACAUGCAGCAUCCCGAGACGUGAAGAGUGUUCCAAAAAAAGGCUGUACAAAUAAUACAAAUGUAUAUUUUAACGUGAGUGUUCUUACGAUGUUCGCCGGAGGAGAGUCUGUGAGUGUGUGAGAGAAGGUGCGACCGCGCGCCGGAGCGCAUGUUGACGCUGAAAGUGGAAUACUUGCGCUUAUCUAACGCGAUAUUUCGUGGUGUAAAUGGAAGAUUAGGCCAGCGUCCGCGUCCAAUGACAACAAUACGAACAAUACUCGUGAGAAAGGGUCUUGUUAUAGAUCGUAAGUCAUAGGGUAAAGACGAAGUCAGUCCGUGGAGCGGAAUAUCUGUUAGAACGAAGAUAAAUAAUCGAAUUCACAUUCUUACAUGCGACUCGCGCAGUCGCGCGCAAUGUAUAUGUAUUUAUAUAUCAUUUAUAUAUCGGAAAGGAGGAUCCAGGACGAUGCGAUGUUUGUCAACGAUGAGCAUUAAUCGGGUGGAAUGUUCACUGUAAUAGCACAUAAUUGCUUCCAUCGAUAUACAACUUCAUCUCUUUGUGUAUAUAGACAUUUUCCGUUAGAAUUAUAAGUAUAGUACAUCAUUCUGCCGCGGUAAUAUUAAUAGUAACAACGACGAGAUGACGAUAUCAUUAUUGUUAUAUUCGUAUAAUUACAAACUAUAAUUAUUUUUAAUAAAAAAACAUUACAAUGAA